AAGAGCUCGCGACUAAAUCUACCUUCAGCAACGAAAAGAAAAGCAAACCAAACGAAAAUGUUUAAAUACGUGUUUAUUGCCAGCCUGCUGGUCAGCGCUGUCCUAGCCGCACCCGUGAGUGAUGAAGAAUUGGAGCUCGAGAGACAGCAGAAUGAGAAUGCGAAAUAUUCGUUUGGUACGAAGGUCGACGAUGAAAUCAACGAUGGCGCAUUUGAACGUACGGAGACACGCGAUGGUACAAAGGUGACUGGAAAGUACAGCUACAGCGAUGGUUACGUGAGGCGUACGGUGGAAUAUGAGGCCGAUGAGAAUGGAUAUCGUGUGGUUAAGGAGGAUAUGGAAGUGAUCGGCGAUGGCCCUCAGUUCAAUCCGGAUGGACAAGCCGAUAUCGCCGGCUCCCUCAUCGGCCAGUACUCGAUCAAGUUGGACAACAGCGACACAAAGCAGCACUACAAGGACAUUAGGCAGUAAUGCGGCCGCAGCAUAGUAUUCUCAGAACGGAUGAUUUCUAACAUUUAGAAAUGCACUGAAUACAAUUGUGAAUCAAUCAACCAUUGUGGUUAAUUCUAAUGUAA